CCGCAAGCCAUUUUUUCCUUUCCCUUCUGAAUAGAGGAAAUGGGGUCAUAUAUGGUUUCUGGUUAUAUAUAAUAUGUGGUUUCUUGCAUCUCCUUGCUGCUAUCUGAAAUUUGAAGUGUCUUUUUUUUCCUGAUUUUUCAAGUUGAGAUGCGCAUUUUUACGUAGCUUUAUGCAGAAAGCAGUUUGAUAAUUAAUCGCCCUGUUUAUCUGAGGGUUAGAGACACAGCUGUGCGCCGGCUAUGUCGUGAUAUAGUCAUUACAACCGUAAAUGGAAGCUUGCCUGGCCCAACGAUACAGGUCCAUGAGGGUGACUCGCUUGUUGUUCAUGUCCUCAACGAUUCUCCCUACCCUAUUACCAUUCACUGGCAUGGGGUUUUCCAGUACUUGAGUGCGUGGUCUGAUGGAACUGAAAAUACAACUCAAUGUCCGAUACGCCCUGGAGAAAGUUUUACUUACAGAAUGAUUAUCACCGGGCAAGAAGGGACUCUCUUCUGGCAUGCUCACUCUCAAGCGCUCCAAGCAACUGUACAUGGUGGCCUUAUCAUCCGCCCAAGACGUGGUCGCUCAUAUCCAUUUCCAAAGCCCUUCAGAGAAUUCCCAAUUAUAUUUGGGGAGUGGUGGAAUGACAGUGUUGUUCGUGUCACGAGUGCAGCACUUGCAAGAGGCAAUGGACCCGAUCAUUCUAAAGCUUUCACCUUAAAUGGCCAGCCCGGUGUUCUUCAGCCAUGCUCUGCAGAUAGCAUAUUUAAGAUGAAGCUCAUACAAGGCAAAACUUAUCUGUUGCGGCUGAUCAAUUCUGCACUUAAUAUGCAAUUCUUCUUCAAGAUAGCCUACCACAAAAUGACAGUCGUUGCAGUUGACGCCUGUUACACAAACCCGAUGGAGACUGAAGUUGUUGUCAUUGCCCCCGGACAGACUGUCGAUGUACUCCUCAAAGCUGAUCAGCAACCCGGCUCCUACUACAUGGCAGCACUGAACUUUAUUAGUUGGGACGGUAUACCACAUGAAUAUAAGGCUGCCACUGGGAUCAUUACAUAUCAGAAUGCGGAAACAUCAACCCCGCCACUGAUGCCAAUCCUACCAUUUCAGAAUGACUCCUCAACGGCUUUCACCUUCCAUUCCAAUCUGACUGAGCUAGUGAAUGGGCCUCACUACGUUCCAUUCCCGCAAGAGGUGGACGAGAACAUGUUUGUGACGGUGAGCAUGGGCGUGCUCCCGUGCCAAAAGAAUGCCACUUGCAAAGGCCCUUUUGGGAAGCGAUUAUCCGGAAGCAUGAACAACCAGUCGUUCCAGUUUCCCAAGUUAUCGCUUUUGGAAGCUUUCUACUACAACGUCAGUGGAAUCUACACCACUGAUUUUCCCGACCACCCACCAGGGCCAUACGACUUCACAAAACAGAGCAACAACUUCAACGAAGCCCUCAUCAAUGUGAAUGGGACUACCAGGCUGAAGAAACUCAAGUUCAAUUCGACAGUUCAGAUUGUGUUCCAAAACACAGCCCAGAUUUCUUAUGAGAGCCACCCUAUGCACUUGCAUGGAAUGGACUUCUAUGUGUUGGCUCAAGGCUUUGGCAACUACGACCCUGUAAACGAUCCCAAGAAAUUCAACCUCGUGAAUCCUCAAAGACGGAACACCAUUGCUAUGCCGGCUGAUGGAUGGGCCGUGAUCAGAUUCCGAGCAAACAAUCCAGGUACAUGGUUGUUGCAUUGUCACGUCGAUAUGCACUUGUUAUGGGGUCAGUCGAUGGUAUUCGAGGUUGAGAACGGGCCGAUACCAUCCACUUCGCUGCCUCCGCCUCCGCCAGAUCUUCCACAGUGUUCGGAUCUCGAAUCGGUUGCAAAUAGAAAUUCCCCAAUGCUUUCUGAGUCUUAAAUGAUUUUUUGAGUUGAGACCUUUUUGUUCGUUUUAGUGGGUUUCUUCUCAAGUCUCUUGUAUUCAUGCCCUUGAUUAUGUAGGAACAGAUAAAUCGCUGGAUGUACUUCAAGAGAACCAGGGUUCAAAUUCAUGACUUACUGAAAUGAUACUGACAUAUUAUUUCCUCGCCUUUGUCGUCCGAGCUAUGUCCCGUGGCAGGUUUUUUUCUUCCUAAUUGAUAACCUUGUAAUAAAAUAUUGUCACCGAUUUGUUUUGUGAACAAAAUUUGAUGUAUCCUGAUCCGUCCUCCAUGCCUAA